AUGUCAGACACCUCUCCCCCGCCCUCGGCCAGGCGUUUCUCACCCACCCCCGUCGAGACGACCACGAAGAAAGUUCGACGAUUCGCUCCCGAACCCGUGGAAACGACCACACGAAAUAAUAAAAAGGAAGAUGGAAGCACGCUGCAGAAAGAGGGGGUGGAAAAGAAGGACUUUGCUCCAAAGCGCCGUUUCCUACCGGAACCUGUCGAGACGACUUUCAAGAGCAACAAACCACAGGCGGGCCGAGGGUUACCUACGCCUGAACCUUCACCCAAUUCGAUUCCCGACGCUCCUGCACCCCAGGAAACGCCGAAACCAAGGAGACGGUUUACCCCAGAAUUGAUUGAGACGACGACGAGGACCAAGAAAGCUGGGGAUAAGCGGCCGGCCACGCUGCCCACUGAUAAGACGGAUUUGACACCUGGAGUGCCUAAUAUAUACACGCGACCAAAGAGGAAAAUACCUAGACCUCCAAUUCUACCAGUUCCUUUGGCUCCAGAUAAUACACCGAUUGGAAGUGUUGCCAAUCUGCAGACGAUAUUACCCCUCAUCCCACGUCGACAGCAAUCGAUGCGUCCUCACCCUAAUACAAGAAGAAGUACGAGAAGGGAUUCGUUCCAGCCAGAGUUGGAGGAUAUAUUGUCAUCAGAAUCAGAUCCAGAUGCAGACCACGACGAUGGAUUGGAUGAUUCGACGCCUUCCCUUUCAGGGUCCUUUGGAUCGUCAGACGAUUCGCAUAUGAGGUUGCAAUUAGCAAGGACGAGAGAGAGUUGCGAUGAUAGAUUCUCUGGAUAUCUGCUUGCUCUGGCAGCGAAGGCCGCUGAGAAACAAUUACGGGAACAAGCUCUGGCUGCGUUUCCUAAUGAGUCGAAUUAUGAGAUUGUGGAGCAUUUCUAUGAUCGAGAACUGGACACAGCGUCUGAUGAAGAGGUGGUGGAGGGGAUUGGGAUGUUGUUGGAUGAGCCAAAGGUUAAUAACCGCCGGAAAUCUACAGAAGUUGGUUGGCAUGUCAAAGAGAUGCAACAGCAUCAGGAGAAGUUAAAUCGGUUGAGAGAGAAUGAUACGAAUCAGAAAAUUGCAGACGAAGCUACGAAACCUACAUUUCAAGAUCCGUUCUGGACAAACGGGAUGACGAGCAAGCUUCCUAGACCAGAGCCGUUUGAUAGAUUGAAGGAGGCCGAGUUACAACGUAUGCGCUCUGCUGCGUCACCGCCGAUGCUUGGAGGGGAUUUGAAGUUUCGAAUGUGUCCAUCGCCAAAAGCCACGAAAUUCGAAUCAGAUCAGCGAAUCGAUGUCAAGCCGAAUAAGUGUGAAACUGGUGGUGGGCUUUGGGGAGGAUAUUGUAUAGCAGAAGAGCCAGGAAACAUACAAGGGCCGAAAAGACCCACAUUCAUACAUACUCCGAAGCCAGGGGAUCAAGCUGCCUCCAAAGCCAAUGGAGAUUCAGGCCCUCGCAUGCUCGCCGGUCUCGACGACAGACUGAAAGCCGAGAUUGCGAAGAAGAAGGCUCAAGAUGCCUUACUGGCUGAAUUCGAUGAGAAAUUCAUCACCCAAGUCUACAACUACCUUUCUCUAGGCUACCCCGUCCUCGCCCAGCCGUACGACGAAGAACUCUCCCGCAUCUCUCAGAUCCCAGUCUCGGAGCUCCGAGCUAGUGACGGGGAUAUGAAGGUCAAAGGCCACAUCGGAAUCGCUGCGCCUAGUAAGAAGGAUCAGGAGUUACCCAAAUGUGCGAGGUGGAAAGCCCUACGCGUUUAUAUCAUGGAGUGGGGCGUGCAACAUCCUAAUAUGACGCAGGGAGAGGAUGUCAAGGCGUGGGGUGUUAGGGCGAGGAGGGGGAGUUGGGCUAUUUAA